UUGAAAACAGUGGGUAAUACCACGCUUUAGUUUUACCAGUGUGUGUUUUGUCUCACAGAUCUCAGCCAGGCGCCUGCUGAUUCUUUCGCGCAACGGCUACCAACUAAUGCAGGCGUGGAGCGUCGUUGCCGCGUUCAGUGUGGUGGCCCCGGUGGUGUUCCAAGGUCGGCUCGCGAUGGGCAUGUGGCCUUGGUUCCCCGGAACUCUCGGCCUGGGGCUGGGAGGACUCGUCCAGGCGGUGUCGGCGUACCCGAUGGCCUUCCCCGUGUACGCGGCGUUCAUCCUGACGUGGUCCCUCACGGAGGCCCUGGCCGCGCUCUUCCUGGUGGCGGGUGACCGACUGGCGCUGUCCACCAAUCGGCGGCAGGUGCAGGAGGUGGCGCAUCGCCACGCCGACCUCUGCCACCUGUCGAAGGCCGUGGCCGCCCUGCUGGAGAACCAGCUGACGGUCAUGACAGUGGGCAUGCUCUUGACGCCGGCCCUGUCCACCGUCAUGGCGGUGAAAGGCACAUUCGAUGUGUUCUGCGCGACCUCUAUACCCUUCCUCCUGCCUUUCUACAUCAUGUGCCGCGCCGGGGAAAGGCUGGAGGACGCCAGCAGGAGCAUGAGCCAGGCCGCGUACACCUGCUUCAGCAACUCGCUCGACCCACAUCGCGCAUCCGACGACACGCGCGAGCACAGAGUGCUGCUGGUGAUGAUGACACGCGCUGCGAGACAGACAAGCAUGGAGGUGUUCCGUGGAACAGUGCGCUACAACCUGCACACGUGCCACGAAGCCUUCAAGUCCUGGUACUCCAUGUUGCAGUAUCUACUCAACGCGCCCGACGGAUCUUGAAGAGAUUCUACAAUUCGUUGACUGUGGUUAAACUUCGCUUAAGAAACAACGAGAAAGGUGUCGAGACAAAUUCAUAAAUACCUUCAGUCAAGUUCCCUUAACGGCCAGCGUGAAGUGCAAUCUUUCAUUCUCUAGAGCAUGGCCCUCCUGAUUUCAAAACAGAGCAGGCAAUUCUU